AGCAAACCUGAGAGAUUUGUUAGGUUGGUUGCAAUUAUUAAUUUAUUAUCGUCAAAAUGAGUAAUCCACGAUAUGGAGGCCGGUCAGACAUCAAUGCUAAAAUAAAACUUGGACUGUCAAAUGGAUCUUUGGAUAGUAGAACCAGCAACUUACAACGUGGUGGGUUGAACAAGAAGUCAAGCAGGGUGAAGAAGUCUGUAUACCUGUGGACUGCCGCUGAUGUUAGAUCAUGGCUACAGAGGAAACACAGAGAUUACUUUGAACGGUACUACUCGCUCUUCCUAGAGCAUGAUAUAUCAGGUCGAGCCUUAGUAAGACUGAAUGAGAUGAAGCUAGAAAGAAUGGGGAUAGAGAACAAAGAACAUAGAAUGGACCUUCAUGAGCAAAUACUAAAGCUGCGGAUCAAGCACGAACAGAACGAACUGAGACUGCUACGGAAAACUGAUGUUGUGGUGAACAAGGAUUGAUCAGCUGGGGGCGUUUCACAAAACUU